AUGCACCACCAGGAGCAGAGUGGGGACCCCCAGGCCCCUCCAGCCCCGGGGCCUGGACCAGGACCUGCAACAGGAGGGAGGAAGUCUGCUUACCACCUCCGCAGAGGCAGCAGUGGGGCUUUAGCCGGAGGCUCCAUGGGCACACCAGACACCGAGAACCCCCAGGCAGGCUCCUCAUCACCUGCUCCACACCACCCUCAGGGGUCCGGGGCCCAGGUCAAGAAGAAAAGUGGCUUCCAAAUAACAAGCGUGACGUCGGCGCAAAUAAAUGUGAGUGGGAACAACAGUUUAGCAGAUGACACUGAGAGUUAUGAUGACAUGGAUGAGUCCCACACAGAGGACCUGUCCUCCAGUGACAUCAUAGACGUGUCAGUAGGGCCCAGGGCCACAGACACAGGUGCCCCAGAGAGGAGCUCCUCUGAUGAGACACUCAACAGUCUGCAUGGAGUGGACACGCCCGCAAUGGUGUCCCCCAACGAGCACGUGCUUACUCACAUCAACCAGGUGUCUCUGGUGAAUGGCACUGUGAACCCUCACACGUACAAUCAGACGGCCCUGCACCAGAGUGUGCCCUCAGGGGAGGCAGCUGGGCCCACAGCUGGGGCCCCAUUAGCAACCUCCAGUCCAAACAUGCUCUCCACGGUCGGAACGUCAAACGCCCAAAAAACACCACUGUUAGACUCUAAAGCUGCUGAUGUGGAGCAACACAGCUCUGUGGCCUCUGUUCAUACAGCAGAGGUUCAGGCCAGUGAGACCGGGGCCCCCAGCUCCCACAGCCAGCAUCCCCAGGCUGCCCUUGGGUCCCACAGCCAGCAGGCUCAGGUGGCCCCUGGUUCUCGCUUCAGGGUGGUCAAACUAGACACUAACUCAGAGCCUUUCCGUAAAGGCCGCUGGAUGUGCACCGAGUUUUAUGAGAAGGAGCUUCCUCACUCUGUGUCUGAGACCUCCAAAGGUUUAGAUGCAUCUGCAGAGACUGAAGCAGCGGCCCCUCAUCCUCUACAGGUCUCACAGGGCCCCCCACAGGGACCCUCACAGCCGAGCCCGCUCCCUUAUGUUCCUGGGCAGGAUGCCCACAUGGGAGUGCACAUGCACACUGUGAGUCAGCCUGCUCCUCUCCUCCAAAGGCCCUACACUGUGGACCCGCAACAAACUGCAGCCCCCUACCCCAGUGUGCUAAGCACCGGGGCACCAGCGACACGCCAGCCUGACUUCAUCCAACCAACAGCCCCUUUUCAGAGCCAAGUGCAGCCUCCUCUAUCCCAAGCAUCCCUCACAUCAGGGGGGGCCCUCCCACAGCCCUCUGUGAGCUACACCCAGGGGGUCCCUCCUAUUCAGGGGCUUCCUCACCCUCAGGGUGUCCCCCACCCUCAGGGGGUCCCUCACCCUCAGGGGGUCCCUGCUCCUCGGACAGCCUUCGCCGUGCAGACGGUGAACAGUCUAGCUCUCUCGAUGCAGCCACAGCUGCCCUUGCAUGUCCCAGUAGCUGCGCCCCCUGCACCCCCACCAGGAGCCCCCAUGCCCCUGACAGCCCUGCAGGCGGACCUGCAGCCUCUGCUGGCCCCUACUGCACACAUGAGCCUAGCCACUGGCCCAGGACGGAGCUCUCAGCUGGAGGACGCACAGAGACUGCUGUUUCAGCACCAGGGUCUGCUGGGGCUGCCCCGGUUGGGCCCCAGUGCUGGAGGAGCCGAGGCAGCCGUGGCCCAAAUGUCUGCAGAGGCCAGUGCCUUCAUGGCAGCUGCGGCCGGUCUGAGGGGUCAACAGGCGGAUGGAGAGGACGAUAGGUGA